CUGAAAAAGUUCUCUCUGAAACAUAAAUGGUAGUGUGCAGGUCAUGUUUCCCAAGAAGAGAACGAAAUCACCAGCGUCGUGUUGAGUGACACACAGAGAGGGCGUUGAUUCGUGAACCAGCAAGUCGCAUCUCCAAUUUUGAUUCUUUUGUUGUGCAUUCGAGAUAUCAAUGGAAAUCAGUAAGUGCGUUCGAUUCAAAUUGUACUAAUAUACCUUAUAGAGGUGUGUAUUGUGGGAAGGUGAAAGAGAUGGGGGACGCAGCGACGUCGUUGGAGCAAUCGGCGACGAACGUGGAGGAACAAGUGUCUCGAGUGGCGGACAUGGCCAAGGAGCUGCAAGAAUCGGCGGCGCGUCUCGUUUCCAAGGCCACCGGCGACGAGCAAUCCCUCCGGCAGCGUGCUCUCGCUGUCAACUCCUCCAUCCUCAGACUCCGUUCCUUGAUUGAUUCUCUCCUCCAUAACCACCUCCUCGAUCCCAAGUUGGCGGAUAAACUAGAGGAUGAACUAAACAAGGCGAGAUGUCUAUUGAUUGAUGGAGAAGCUGCUUCAUUCCUUCCCGGCACAGCACAGAGUGGUUUUCUGAAAAUGUUUCUUGGUCCUAUCAAUGUGCGAGCUACUAGGAAGGAUGUCCAGCUCAAAGUUAAAGAGGAGUACAAUAGUUACAGGGACCGAACGGCAUUGCUGUUCCUUCUCUUUCCAUCAACAUUACUUAUUCUUAGAUCUUGGAUAUGGGAUGGAUGCUUACCAGUAUUCCCCGUUCAGCUGUACCAGGCCUGGCUGUUGUUCCUCUAUACAGGUUUGGCUUUGCGAGAGAACAUUUUGAGAGUGAAUGGAAGUGAUAUUCGUCCAUGGUGGAUAUACCAUCACUACUGUGCUAUGAUUAUGGCCCUCGUUAGUCUCACAUGGGAGAUUAAAGGGCAACCAAACUGCACCCAGAAGCAGAGAGGUGUCCAACUUUUCUUACAAUGGGCUAUGAUGCAAGGAGUUGCAAUGCUUUUACAAAACAGAUAUCAACGCCAGAGGCUCUAUACUCGGAUUGCAUUGGGAAAAGCAAAGAGAAUGGAUGUUGUUUGGGGAGAAACAGCUGGGGUGGAUGGCCAGUUAUGGCUGUUAUGUCCCAUACUUUUCACUCUGCAGGGUUUCGAGGCAUAUGUCGGACUACUGCUGCUUAAGCCUGCAUUGGUUGGGUUUGUUUCUGAAUGGCAGGUCAUAUUUUGUGGGGUCCUUCUGGUUCUGAUGGCUGUUGGGAACUUCACAAACACGGUAGAGACACUCAUGGCAAAAUCCAAAUUCAAGGCAAAAAUGAAAAGAGUAAGAGCAAGCAUGAACUAGAUUAGGGAAUCCCUGAUAUUUAGGGCUGAUCCUCCAUGGGACAGGGAAUCCAUUUUUGGGAUGUUUUUCUGGAUCUUCGUUGAAAUCAUAGAAUUGAUCUCAUCUUACAAUUCGAAUUUUGAUGUCAUGUUCUCCUUGUUUGGUUACAUCCAUUUUUUUUUCUUUCUUUCCACACCCAAACCCCACUCCCCUCCCCCUUUUUCCUUUUUUUGAGGCUGACCAUGUAUUGCAUUUGCUAAACAUGUAAUGAGUAAAAUUAGUUUUGUUGUAGUA